AUGAGUAAUGCCUCUAAUGCUUUGGACAAGAUUAGAUUUAAAAGCUUGAUAGAGAAGAGCAUACUUGACGUUCAGCCAAAGCUCUUCAUCCACAUUGUCCCAGAUAAGACCAACAACACUCUGUCAAUCAUUGAUAGUGGUAUCAGCAUGACCAAGGCUGAUUUGGUGAACAAUCUAGGUACCAUUGUGAGGUUUGGGACCAAGGAAUUCAUGGAGGCAUUGGUUGCUGGUGCUAAUAUAAGACAAACAACACUGUCAAUUAUUGAUAAUGGUAUCGAUAUGACCAAGACUAAUUUGGUGAACAAUUUAGGUACCAUUACAAGGUCUGGGACCAAAGAAUUCAUGAAGGCAUUGGCUAUUGGUGUUGAUGUUAGUAUGAUUGGACAAUUUGAUGUUGGUUUCUACUCAGCUUACUUGAUUACUAAGAAAGUUAUUGAUACCUUGAAGCACAAAUAUGAUGAGUAG